UGGCAGCCGCUCAUUAUCAAACAAAAUUUCGCAGAGAAAAGAGAACGCUACGCAAAAGAGGGUGUGUUUUCAGUGCGCAGGCCACAUUCGGCGGAGAAGAAAGAAAGAAAAGAACGGAACAAUUGAAUCAAUUGCGAGAACAACGUCAUAAAUAUUUCAAGAACAUCGCCCCGUGAAAUUAUAUAUAGUGCGAACUACACCCAGAAAACCAGCAAUUGCACUUUGCCACUGCAUUUGGCACAUUGGAAUUGAUAUACACACGGAUUUCCAGUGGUUUUUAAGCUGUGAACAUGGCCAAGGACUUCUACAAGAUUCUGGGCAUCGACCGCAAGGCCACCGACGAUGAGAUCAAGAAGGCCUAUCGCAAGCUGGCCCUCAAAUACCAUCCCGACAAGAACAAGAGUCCGCAGGCGGAGGAGCGCUUCAAGGAGAUCGCCGAGGCCUACGAGGUGCUGUCGGACAAGAAGAAGCGGGAUAUAUUCGACAAGUACGGCGAGGACGGUCUGAAGGGCGGACAGCCGGGACCGGAUGGCAAUAGUCAGCCGGGCGCCUACAGCUACCAGUUCCACGGCGAUCCGAGGGCCACCUUUGCCCAGUUCUUCGGCUCCUCGGAUCCCUUUGGCGUCUUCUUCGGCGGCGGCGACAAUAUGUUUGGCCAGGGCCAAGGCGGCAACACCAACGAGAUCUUCAUGAACAUCGGCGGCGAGGAUAUGUUCGGUGGCGGCGGUUUCGCAGCCAAUCCCAUGGCCGGCGCCUUCCGCUCGCAGUCCUUCAAUGCCCAGGCUCCGAGUCGCAAGCGCCAGCAGCAACAGGAUCCGCCCAUCGAGCAUGAUCUGUACGUGACCCUGGAGGAGGUGGACAAGGGCUGCACCAAGAAGAUGAAGAUCUCACGCAUGGCCACCGGAAAUGCGGGACCGUACAAGGAGGAGAAGGUGCUGAGCAUCACCGUGAAGCCGGGCUGGAAGGCGGGGACCAAGAUCACCUUCCCCAAGGAGGGCGAUGCGGCGCCCAACAAGAUACCCGCCGACAUUAUCUUCAUCAUACGCGACAAGCCGCAUUCGCAGUUCAAGCGCGAGGGCAUCGAUCUGAAGUACACGGCCCAGGUCAGUCUGAAGCAGGCCUUGUGCGGAGCACCGGUCAGUGUGCCCACGCUGCAGGGCGAUCGGAUUCCGGUCAACAGCGGCAACGAGAUCAUCAAGCCCACUACGACGCGGAGAAUCAGUGGACGGGGUUUGCCCGUACCGAAGGAGCCUUCGAGGCGCGGCGAUCUGAUCGUAUCCUUCGACAUCAAGUUCCCCGACACACUGCCGCCCAGCCUGCGGAACCAGCUGGCCGAGCUGCUGCCCAACUAAGCGGGUGGACACACCACACACACACACUAUUUGUUAUCACUUUAGUUAAGGCCUAUAUUUAGUUUAUCGUACUCGUACUCGUAAGACACCUAAGAAACCUAACCAAUUGUAGCCCGUUUAGCUAGUGAGUGUGCCAAGCGAACAGCUGUAGAUAUUGUCCGAGGAUGCAGACGCUAGAUAAGAUAGGGAAGAACAUUAAGAAGAGAACACACAGAGAACCCGUUUUGUGUUGGAGACUGAUCGACUAAUGACUAUUAUAACCCGGUACACACCAAUUCCAUAAUUCGUUUUACACAUCUCCCUAUAUUUAUUUGUCCCGAGAUAAGAAAUAAAAGAAGGUAUUAUAAA